CCUGGGUUGGGAGAGGCUCCGGGGCCUCGUGGAGAGUCCUUGAAGAGGGGUGUGCUGGGGUCAGGCCCUCGGUCCCGUUCUGUACUGUCGUGGCCGGCGCUGCCCGCCCAGGGCCAGCCCCGGAUUCCCAUUUGCUAAUAAGCUCUUGCGUUCGCAGCCCUCUUUUUUUUCUGCGAGUCGCGUAAAGUUGAAAGCUCAUGCAUUUUGGUGCGUUUUGGUUUUGGUUUGGUGCCCCCCUCCGCCCCCCCCUCCAGCACGCCAGUGAAAAGGAGUAGUACUGAAAGUUUGCAUGGUUCCUGGUCAGCAUAGAAAUGUGGAGUGUCUCGGCUGAAUCCUCAUGCAGACAAGAUCAUUAUGGUCCUGGUUGAAAAAGUGAUACAUUAGUUGAAGGAAACAAAGCGAAAGCCUAGAAGGAAAAGAAGAUAUUGUUCUUUAGAUUGAUCCACAUGACCAGCCUAGUUGCUGUAAAAGAAGAAUCCACCAAAGGGAGUGAUUUAAGAUCCACUGCAGGUGUGUUAGCAGCACUGCUUCUGUAACAAAAGACUCACUACAUCUUGGAAGAGAAUGGCCAUUUCCCAGGGGACAGCCUUUUUCAUGCUGGUAGUGUCCUGUGUUUGCAGCACUGUCUUCCACAGAGACCAACAGACUUGGUUUGAGGGUGUCUUCCUGUCUUCCAUGUGCCCCAUCAAUGUCAGUGCCAGCACCUUGUAUGGAAUUAUGUUUGAUGCAGGGAGCACUGGAACUCGAAUUCAUGUUUACACCUUUGUGCAGAAAUUACCAGGACAGCUUCCGAUUCUGGAAGGGGAAAUUUUUGAUUCUGUGAAUCCAGGACUUUCUGCUUUUGUAGAUCAACCUAAGCAGGGUGCUGAGACUGUUCAAGAACUCUUAGAGGUGGCCAAAGACUCAAUCCCUCGAAGUCACUGGAAGAGAACGCCAGUGGUCCUGAGGGCAACAGCGGGACUGCGCUUACUGCCGGAAAAGAAAGCCCAGGCUCUGCUCUUUGAGGUAAAAGAGAUCUUCAGGAAGUCACCUUUCCUGGUACCAGAUGACAGUGUUAGCAUCAUGGAUGGAUCCUAUGAAGGCAUAUUAGCUUGGGUUACUGUGAAUUUUCUGACAGGUCAGCUGCAUGGCCACAGCCAGGAGACUGUGGGGACUCUGGACCUGGGGGGUGCCUCCACCCAAAUCACGUUCCUGCCGCAGUUUGAGAAAACGCUGGAACAAACCCCUAGAGGCUACCUCACUUCCUUUGAGAUGUUUAACAGCACUUAUAAGCUCUAUACACAUAGUUACUUGGGAUUUGGAUUGAAAGCUGCAAGACUAACAGCUCUGGGAGCCCUGGAGACAGAAGGAAUUGAUGGACACACUUUCCGAAGUGCCUGUCUACCAAGAUGGUUGGAAGCAGAGUGGAUCUUUGGGGGUGUGAAAUACCAGUAUGGUGGCAACCAAGAAGGGGAGGCGGGCUUUGAGCCCUGCUAUGCUGAAGUGCUGAGGGUGGUCCAAGGAAAACUUCAUCAGCCAGAUGAGGUCCAGAGAAGCUCCUUCUACGCUUUCUCUUACUAUUAUGACCGAGCUGUUGACACAGACAUGAUUGAUUAUGAAAAGGGGGGUGUUUUAAAAGUUGAAGAUUUUGAAAGGAAAGCAAGGGAAGUAUGUGAUAACCUGGAAAACUUCACCUCAGGCAGUCCUUUCCUGUGCAUGGAUCUCAGUUACAUCACAGCCUUGCUGAAGGAUGGCUUUGGCUUUGCAGGCAACACCGUCUUACAGCUCACAAAGAAAGUGAACAACAUAGAGACAGGCUGGGCCUUGGGGGCCACCUUUCACCUGCUGCAGUCUCUGGGCAUCUCCCACUGAGGCCAAGCCGUUCCUCUGAGGCCUGCAUUUGUCAACCUUGUUAAAGGGAGGACGAGAGAGGAGAGGACUCAGUUGUAUUCUGAGCUAGUCUGGGGACAGCCUAGACUGAAGCCCAGCAGCUGAUUUCAUCUGGAGGAAGGGGCUUUUGUAGACAGGUCUUGCCCUUGAGUCUAGAGAUUUGGACUUAAUUAAUUUUACACCUCAAAUGUGAACUAUUUCCUAACCACUCUUCGUGCACAGCUGGUACCAGAGUCUAAAUCUUUGAGGUUCCUUGUGUGUCACAGAGAGCCAAAAGGAAUAGCUUUGGAACUUAACCUUGGGGAACCCAGGGAUGGAACCCUGGGAACCAAAGAAGAAUCUCAUUUCAACCCUUUCAGUGCCUCAUUCCUUUGAACAUUUUAAUUUUCCUCUUACAUGUUACACUCAGCUGACUGAUUGCAAUCCCAUGACCUAUCAACACCAGUAUUUUCUUUUCCCUGCACGUUGCUCUGUCCCACCUUUAUCUCCACUCACCUACCGAAAAAAAAAGAAAGAAAAAAAUACCUGGUUUUACUUUCCAUGUGUAGUUCAAAGAGGAAAAAAAAAAAAAAAAAGCCGUAUCUGGGGAAUUCCCUGGAGGUCCGGUGGUUAGGACUACGAGCUUUCACUGCCAAGGGCAUGGAUUCGAUCCCUGGUCGGAGAACUAAGAUCCUGGAAGCUGUGCACGUGGUGUGGCCAAAAAAAAAGGUAUCUCUGGUACUGUGAGGUAACCGCUUCUAAAGUGCACAGUAAAACAACCCACCCCCACCCAGGCUGGCACCAGCCUGCAACCACACAUGAACAAAUUCUGCUGCUAAUCAGAUUUUUCCUUUUGACCUAGUUCCUGAGGUCUUUAAACCUGUGCAAUGAAAUUAUUUAUUGUUUUAUAACAGAAUAGUGGUGUCCCACAGAGGAACCAUAAAUGAAAUACGGUGCUGUGAUGAGGAAAUAAUAACUAGCAUUUUAAGAUUUGGUUUUCUUUUCAGAAAGUCUAAUAUACCUAUAAUAAAGGUUAAAGCAAUUUGUGUUUAUUUUGCAUUCUAGUGUUAUUAAUUUUAAAACAGCAAUUCUAACAAAAAUGCAUCAAUUGACUAUUUCUAAUUCUUAUCUUUAUCAAAAAACUGUAUAAAUUUACAACCAGCAUUUUUUUUUAAUUAUAUAAAUCUUCUCCUUAGAAAGGACUGCUAACAAGUGAAAAUGAAUGAGACAGCACCUUAGCAAUUUUUUAGUAAUAAAAAGUUCUUUUCAAUCAAA